AACCAGAACCAGAACACAUUUUCAGGCGAGAGAUGGGAGAGGGAGAGAGAAUGGUGGAACCAGAAACAACAUCAUCAUCAACAAUAACAUUAACAACAACAACAACAACAACAUGGAAACAAAACCAAACACUCCAAACAUUAUCAGAAAAACUAACAAACGGAAACCUUAACACAAAAAUCGAAGCUGCAAGAGAAAUUCGAAGAAUGGUUCGAAAAUCAUCGAAGACACGCUCCAAACUUGCUGAUUCUGGUGUUAUUCAACCACUCAUCUUCAUGCUCUCUUCUUCCAAUAUUGAGGCUCGUGAAUCCUCUCUUCUCGCUCUUCUCAACCUGGCUGUUCGCAACGAACGAAACAAGGUCCAAAUAGUGACAGCUGGUGCAGUGCCUCCUCUGGUAGAGCUCCUCAAGAUGCAAUCUAACGGUAUACGAGAAUUGGCUACAGCUGCAAUCUUGACACUCUCAUCUGCUGCACCCAACAAGCCCAUUAUUGCUGCUUCCGGAGCUGCUCCUCUCCUUGUUCAGAUUCUCAAAUCUGGAAGUGUUCAAGGCAAAGUUGAUACUGUUACAACCCUCCACAAUCUCUCCUAUAGCACCGUGAAUCCCAUUGAACUUCUUGAUGCCAGCGCUGUUUCCCCUCUUAUCAACCUCCUUAAAGACUGUAAGAAGUAUUCAAAUUUUGCAGAAAAAGCUACAUCGCUCCUUGAAAUCCUUUCCAACUCUGAAGAGGGACGAAUUGCGAUCUCACUUACAGAAGGUGGAAUUUUAACACUAGUAGAGACAGUUGAAGAUGGAUCGCUUGUCAGCACAGAAUAUGCUGUUGGAGCAUUGCUAUCGUUAUGUCUGAGCUGCCGGGAUAAGUAUCGGGAACUGAUUCUUAAAGAAGGAGCAAUUCCGGGCCUGUUACGGCUGACAGUAGAGGGCACAGUUGAAGCUCAAGAUAGAGCUCGCAUGCUUCUGGAUUUACUCAGAGAUUCUCCUAAAGAAAAAAGACUAGACUCCUCAGUUUUGGAGAAAAUUGUUUACGACAUGGCUGAAAGGCUAGAUAGAGUAUCGGUAGAUAAAGCUGCGGAAACAUCCAAAUGAUUGUUGCAAGAUAUGGUUCAAAGGAGUAUGGAAAACACAGCAUGAACUGCAUAUUGCAUGGAGCUGUAUCUUGCCCUACUCUAUGAUUCACUCUACUUGAUAAGUCGUGCUUUUUUUGCUCAACAAGAAGCUGUGCACAUAUGAGUUUCAACUUGUAUAUAUGUGGUUUUUCUCUCUCUGACUCUGUUUUUUCUUUGGGCCAGUUAGUGUUUAAGCUAGAUAACCAUUCAAAUGGUGUCUAAUGAUGUUUACCAGUCUAACUUGGGGUUGGUCUGUUGAUUUUUCAUGACCUCAUAAUUACACUGUAUAUCUCAGCCAGGAUAGUGCACAUAUAAAAGAGUAUGCAGUUGCAUGUACUAAACCCCACCUUCCCUCCCGAAUUGAGUUAUGAUUUUGUCAAGGUUUUAAUUAGACAUGAAUUUCCCGGCCUAAA